CCAGUAGAGGUGUGGAUGCCUUUAAACACUUUGAGCGUUGUUGCCAUGAAGGAUGUGUGAAUUAGCGUUAUUUUAGCUGCCCCUCCUUAGCCUUUUACAAAUAGUCUUAGGCACUUCGGGUUGAAAAGCAAUGCUCUACAAAAGAGGGAAGCCACUAUAUGCUUUCUGUGAAAGGAAGGGAUUUGGAGAAUGUACUGAUCUCAUAAGCCUCAUGGCCUCUGCAAUCUGAGAGCAUACGCAUGUUUUCUCAUAGGGAUACCUUCAGAUCUGGGAGAGAGGGAGGGGAAAAAAGGCAAUUUUAAUUCUACCACUCAUUAGCUAACCAAAGUCGUAUAGCUAGUACAAAAUGUUUAGAAGCAGAGGAUAGCGUGCUUUGAGUUUGCCGUAAAGGCAAUCUGUAGGAGUCCUAACUCUCCAAAAAUAAACCUGGCUUUCUGAACUACUUUUCUGAAAGAAGAAAAGGACCAUGGAUUUGUUAGUUUAGUUGUAUGUCUAGGAGGCUAACCUAUGCAUAUCAUAAUUUUAUUUAAAUAUUUAUAAAGUUAUAGCAAGCUAUUUAUUUGCAAUAACAUGAAUUUUGUGAUUUUUUUUAAAAGACUUGCAUAAUGGGAGUACUGGUAUUUAUUGAAUACGUGGGUAUUAGGUAAUUUUACCUGAGAAUCUCUGGGAUACAUGGUAAAUGCUCAAAUAACAGUAAGCUGUCAGACCUAUGUUUGAAAGCAAAAUAAAUCAGCAAUUUGGUGGUGAAAAAAUCUUGAGUGUAAUAAAGUAAGGUAAAUCUUUCCUUAAACAUUGUAUUUUUGUGCUAUCCAUAAGUACCCGUUAAUCUUUUUUUUUCCCCUCAAAGACUUCAGAUAAAUUUAUAGUUCCAUUAAACUUCUUUGUUGUAGGCCAACUGACAUAGCUGCUCCCUUUUUGUUUGCUUUAAUAAUGAUGGGUAGAUUAAAGUUCUAGUUCCUACCUCUACAAAAUAAUGUCUGUUUUUACUGUAACUCUUUAAAAACAUUGCUUUAUUUUUCCUCAAGAAAUGGAUGUUAUUUUGGUAGCAUAUGCUUGUGUUUCAGUUAUUCCUACAGUCCUCAUUGAUUUUUAGGAAUAUGUAGUUGUUUUGUGUUCCUAACUUAUUUUUUUGGCUGCAAUUCAAAAGAAUGUAAUAGAUUUUGUUGAGCUGUUUCCAGAUUGAUAAAUUUCUUAUGUUCUUUGCUGUCUGUAAAUUUCAUCUUACCAUAUAUUUCCUUAUCAGCCAUUCAUGUUCUGCUGUACUUAAGCAAUCCCCAUUUUCCAGUUUGAACUCAUUAAUUUAUGUUCUGUUGACAGUACUUCUUGCUUGAUAUCAUGAAUGAGGAAGAUUAUUACUUUUUCUUCUCUUAAAUACAUAUUUUUGUAAGAAUGAGAUUAAAAAAAAUAAUCUUUGUGUGUGCUUUUUAAAAGGUAGUGUUUAUCUAUAGCAUGGCAUUAUACUAUGUAUAUAUAUGGUAGUGUAACAUUAUAUUAUAUUGCCUUUAGUGUUCAGUUCUUGUAAGGAAGUCCAAGAAAUGUUUCCUUGACUUUGUUUUGAUUGUCUUGUUCAUUUUUAAUGUUAAUUUUUUCCUACAGGAAGUUAUGCCAGAACUAAAGAGUUCCACUCUGUCCAGCCUCAAGGAAUAGGUUCGCCCAGUGUCUACCAUGCUGUCAUAGUGAUAUUUUUGGAGUUUUUUGCUUGGGGACUCUUAACAGCACCCACUCUGGUGGUUUUGCAUGAAACCUUCCCAAAACAUACAUUUCUAAUGAAUGGUCUAAUUCAAGGAGUAAAGGGCUUAUUAUCGUUCCUCAGUGCCCCACUCAUAGGUGCCCUGUCUGAUGUGUGGGGACGAAAGUCCUUCUUGCUGCUAACGGUAUUUUUCACCUGUGCACCAAUACCACUAAUGAAGAUUAGUCCGUGGUGGUACUUUGCUGUUAUUUCUGUCUCUGGAGUUUUUGCAGUGACUUUUUCUGUGGUUUUUGCAUAUGUAGCAGACAUAACCCAAGAACAUGAAAGAAGUAUGGCCUAUGGAUUGGUUUCAGCAACUUUUGCAGCAAGUUUAGUUACCAGCCCUGCUAUUGGUGCCUACCUUGGUCGAGUCUAUGGAGACAGCUUGGUCGUAGUCCUGGCUACAGCAAUAGCCUUGUUAGACAUUUGUUUUAUUCUUGUUGCUGUACCAGAAUCACUGCCAGAGAAGAUGAGGCCAGCAUCCUGGGGAGCGCCUAUUUCUUGGGAACAGGCUGACCCUUUUGCGUCACUGAAGAAAGUCGGCCAGGAUUCAAUUGUGCUGCUAAUCUGCAUAACAGUCUUUCUUUCCUACCUCCCAGAGGCAGGUCAAUAUUCCAGCUUCUUCCUAUACCUCAGACAGAUAAUGGGAUUUUCAUCUGAAAGUGUGGCAGCAUUUAUAGCAGUCCUUGGGAUUCUUUCCAUUAUUGCACAGACAAUAGUUUUGAGUUUACUUAUGCGGUCCAUUGGAAAUAAAAACACCAUCCUACUGGGUCUAGGAUUUCAAAUACUGCAACUUGCAUGGUAUGGCUUUGGCUCAGAACCUUGGAUGAUGUGGGCAGCUGGAGCUGUUGCAGCCAUGUCCAGUAUUACUUUCCCAGCUGUAAGCGCACUAGUUUCCCGAACUGCUGAUGCUGACCAACAAGGUGUUGUUCAAGGGAUGAUAACAGGAAUUCGAGGACUGUGUAAUGGUUUGGGACCAGCACUUUAUGGUUUUAUAUUCUAUAUAUUUCAUGUUGAACUGAAUGAACUCCCCAUGCCUGAAACACCACCAGGAGGUAGUGUGGCCACACAAUACCAUUUACAACAGAAUUCUAUAAUUCCUGGACCCCCAUUCCUCUUUGGAGCAUGCUCUGUGCUGCUGGCUCUUCUUGUUGCCUUGUUUAUUCCUGAACACACCAACCUAAACGUACGGUCCAGCAACUGGAAAAAACACUGUGGCAGUCAUGGCCAUCCCCACAGUCCACAAGCUCCUGGUGAAGCUAAAGAACCAUUACUGCAAGACACAAAUGUAUGACAAAAAAUCUAGGAAGACUUUUUAGAAUUUUUCAUCAGCAGUUUGGGAUAUGCAUUCCAUUUCUGUCAAAAAUAUAAUUUCUUAAGGUAGUCUUAAGAAAUAUCUUUCUGCAUGAAAUUUGUAGGGAUUGCAAGAAAACUGGAAGUUUCUCCAAAGAUGUUACCAUUAAAUUAAUAAUUUGCUCUUGAAAAGAAAAAAAAAAAAGGUAAGCACUUGUCUUCUUGCCAUGAAAUACUGUUACUAUUAAACUUUACAUCCUAGUUCAGAGACAUAAAAAAAUAAUAAUAUAUAUAGUCAACAUAUGAGCAUGUGUCCUGUUUUCUUAAGGUAGUGAGCUUUAAUUCUAUUCAUGCUAAGUCUCAAUGAGACAUACUAGCAUCCAUGUGGACCCAUUCAUUUUAAUGUUGUAAAAUCUUGGGUCAGAUGAUUCAAAGCCUUAAUGUAAAUGUACUCAAGUAAGGGAAAAGGUGAAUUGGUACCACUUAUUCUAGAAGUCACACAACAGAUUUUUAUGUUUGUACUAAUAUAAGAAUCACGUGAACAUGCUUGCUGAACAGUAAACGUUCUUUUUAAUGUAAGUGCAUUACUCUAUUUUUGAAUAAACGGUAAUAUCAAACAUUGUUUAAAUAUUAAGUGGGUGUUUUGAGCCUACAACAUUUUAAUAUUGGCUCUGAAACUCUGCUUUCCUAAGUACCGUUUAUUGUAUAUACCACUGUAUUUCUGAUGUUUGCAUAAUUGUAAAGGACCUCAAAACUUGAAUACACAACCUGAAAUAUAAGCUGAUAGCCUUGAAUACGUCAGUUGGCUAUAUAGUGGCCUUUGAGGACUGUCACAAUAACCCUUUACUUUACAGAGCUAAUGUUUUAGUCCUAAAUUUUCAGGACCCUUAGUACAGAAGAAAGCUUUAUACAAUUACUGAUGUGAAUUUCUCUAAAAGUGUAUAUUUUUGUGUCCAGUUGUAUUAUUUAAGUGUUUCUUUGUAUAAAUUUGUGUAUAAAGUAUUGUAUAGGUUUGAAAUGUUUUCAUCUUGUGGUUAUUGCUUAAUGCUUUUUUACCUUUGAACAUUUACCAUGGUUGACCAAGAGCAGGAAAAAAAAUAUGUAAAUGUACUGUUAAUAAAGUUGAAUAUUUUAAUGAA